CAACUCUGACAAACAGUCGCUGGUUUCGACUCUAUUCCCGCGAACGGAUCGCUGAGUACGCGUAUAUCGAUCCCCUGAAUCGAUCUUUAAUCAUCGAUCUUCGAAUCCUCUAUCCUUUCGAUGGAUGAUCAGCACUUUGACCCAGGACAUCAGUGUUUUGUGACACGACAGUGAUAAUCACGGAAUGUGAAGUGAAUCGUAGAUACUCGAGGCACUGCUAUCGUAGACAAGUUGAUAAACUCAUUUCACUAAUUGAGCUUGUUGAAUGUGAAGAGAUACAUCGCGUUGGAGAUAUCUAAUCGUUCGAUCGCCGCAUCGAUCGGACUACCGAAUGGUGAUAAGAUCUAGACGACAGUGAAACACCGUUGGGGAAUUUAGGAUGUCAGAGGAACGCGCAAAAACGUAUGAUCUGACCAAAGAAUCGCGCGAGUUGGCCGAGGGCACGAAACUAUGCUCGUUCAGUAUCGAGAGCCUUUUAGCGCCGAGCAAGAAAAGCGCGGAUAACGAGGCCCGUUCGCCCGCUCGGACUGAAAUUUAUUUACACGGACACGAAUCGAACGACUCUGAGGGAUGGAAGCUGGUAGCGCCAGAUUCCUCCAUGUCCAUGGCAGAGGAAGCCGAAUUCGACGAUUCUGAUAUCGUUUGUUCCACCACUCCUGAACCAGAGAUGUGUUAUGAAGCAUGCACCAGCAGUAGCGGUGCCAACUCCAUGACAGGUGCGGACAGAGACGUUCAAGAAAAAACCGUCGGCGCGAUUAGCGAUGACGAAAGGAAGAAGAGACCCCGCACGGCGUUCACCGCCGCACAAAUUAAGUCGUUGGAAGCGGAAUUCGAGAGGAACAAAUACCUGAGCGUAGCGAAAAGGUUGCAGCUCAGCAAGAAUUUGAAACUUACUGAAACUCAGAUUAAAAUUUGGUUUCAAAACAGGCGCACCAAGUGGAAAAGAAAGUAUACAAAUGAUGUGGAGUUACUGGCGCAACAGUACUAUUCGAGUUUGGGGAUUCCCACACCGCGACCAAUUUUUGUCGGGGAUCGUUUAUGGUUCUUUAACUACCCAGGACAACCACAACCAACGACACCGAUUUUUCCUCAGCAUUUAACAACAGUCCCUCUACCACCUGCCUUGCCUAUCGUGCAACCAUUGCCAAGCAACCUGUCGAUGGGACAACAGUCGAUUUUUCAAAAUAUACCCACCAACAAUCCGACGUAUCAUUUGAGUCAAAGGUUGGACUUCAGGCAUCAAGACUCGUGAAUACAUAAAUGAUACACAUUAUUGCAGUGCAUUUAUCAGAGACAACAGUUGCGCAACUGUUGAGCAAUACUCUUAGAUUCUUUGCUUUGAUUCGUCCAUUCGAAGUGACUAGACGAAUCAAAGCAGAAAAUCACUCAACAAUUGUCUCUGAUGAAUGCACACAAUGAGUAACUUUAAAAACUUUAGCUUUAGCGUUUUGCACUGUAAAUUUAAGUCUUUUCAAGCAUUAAAAAUUGAAGUUAAU